AUGGGUGCAUUGCUGCCUUUGGCGGUUGAAGCAGAAGAGGUUCCAAAAUCCAUGGCAGCAGUUGGGGGCGAUCGCAGUGUCCUGAAAGGAGGAUUGAAGUUCCCCAAGGCCUCCUUUGGACUGCAAGUGUACAGUGAUGAGACAGCUGAGCGGCUGACGCAAAUGGCCAUCGACGUUGGCUACAGAAACUUUUUUGCUUCUGUCUUGGCCGGAAACCAGAAGGGGUUUGCCCGCGGUGUCCAAAAGUCUGGCAUUUCUCGCGACGAGCUCUUCAUUUGCGGAUCAGUGCUAAGCAAUUUGGCGCAGGAUUUUGAAGAUGGGUACUUGACCACAAAGAAAGGUUGCGCACAGAAUCUGGAAGCCCUGGCUGAAGGUGGCAUCACGGAGCUGGAUAUGAUUAUGUUAGACUACCCAGCCAAAGACUGUGAGACCAUUCGGGGGCAAUGGAAGGCUUUUGAGGAAAUGCUGGCAGCAGGCCAAACCAAGAGUUUGGCUGUGAGUAAUUUUUCGCCAGAGCAGCUGGACUGUAUCCUUGCGGAUCCUGAUGCAACUCCUCCAGUUCUGAAUCAGCUUCCCUAUUCUCUGAAGAGCUACGAUGAUAAAGCCGUGCGUGAAAACGGCAAACGCGGCAUUCUGGUGCAAGCCUGGGGUCCGCUGGGAUCCGGCAGCCUGGGCAUCAGCGCGUCGAAGCUGGCCGAGGAAAUCGGCCAGAAGUAUGGCAAAACUGCAGCGCAGGUAGCCCUGCGAUGGAUUUUGCAAACGGGAGCCACUUUCACGACUCAGUCCAAGAACAAGGACCACUUGAAGGAGGACCUGCAGAUUUUCGACUUUGUCCUAGCUGACGAUGAGGUUCUUCAGCUAAGUGACCUGAGCACCAGCCUUUCAGGACGCCUCAGUGCUGUGGCAGAUGUGGCCAUUCCAGUCGGUGGGGCUGUGGGCGGCGCUUUGCUCAUCUCCACCGUCUUGGAUUCCUUCGAUUCAAAGAAGGUGGAGGAAAAAGCGGAUGAACCAAGGACAGCUGCCGGGGAACGGCCCUUGAGUAAGAAGACAGAGGAGGAGGACGAGGAGGAUGAUGGUGCUUUGUAG